CGGCCAGCCGCGCGGGCCCCGGGGGGGCGGAGGGGGGGUCCCCGGGGGCAUGCGCGCCGCGCCCGGCGCCGCCGCCACCGCGCGCCGGGCAUGUCCUCGCCCGCGCCCGCGCCUGCGGAGCCGGGAGGGGACAAGUGCCAGCAGCAGUUGGACGACAAGGAGCCCCCCCGCUCCAAGUACGUCGGACACUACGUGCUCGGCAAGACCAUCGGCGAGGGUACCUUCGGCAAGGUCAAGCUGGGGACGCACGUGCUGACUGGACAACGGGUCGCCGUGAAGGUGCUAGAGAAGGAUCGCAUCGUAGAGAUCGCCGACGUGGAGCGCGUCGCACGGGAGGUGCACAUCCUCAAGCUCAUACGACACCCGCACAUCGUCCAGCUCUACGAGAUCAUCGAGACGAAGAGGCAGCUGUACCUCAUCAUGGAGUACGCGGCAGGCGGCGAGCUGUUCGACUACAUCGUGGCGCGGGACAGGGUUCAGGAACCAGAGGCGUGCCGCCUCUUCCACCAGAUCAUCUCGGGCAUCGAGAAGAUACACAGCAUGAACAUCGUGCACAGGGAUCUGAAGCCAGAGAAUCUGCUGCUGGACCACAACCACGCGGUGAAGAUAGUGGACUUCGGUCUCAGCAACGUCUUCCGCGAGGGGCAGCUCCUCCGGACGGCCUGCGGCUCCCCGUGCUACGCGCCCCCGGAGAUGAUCUCGGGCAAUCCGUACCUGCCCCGAGGCUGCGACCUCUGGAGCGCGGGGGUCAUCCUCUUCGCGGUCGUGUGCGGAUACCUUCCCUUCGAGGACCCCAGCACCGCCGAGCUGUACAGGACGAUACUGACCGGUGACUUCGAGUGCCCAGACUUCCUGAGCGAGCCCGUCAAGGACCCAGAGCUGCAUGCGGUCAUUGAGCGAUGAGCCUGCUUCUGGAGUCCGUCUGUCCGCGGAGGCCGCGCGUCUCGAGUGCGAUAGAGG